CGUUUAUAUUUACAUGACAGGUAGUCAAGAUGGGCAACCUAUGUACAGCGAAACGGAAAAAGAACUCCAGACAACAGAGAGGCAAUGUGACAAAACUACAGAGCAACAACUCCGAACAACAGAGAGGCAAUGUGACAAAACUACAGAGCAACAACUCCGAACAACAGAGAGGCAAUGUGACAAAACUACAGAGCAACAACUCCGAACAACAGAGAGGCAAUGUGACAAAACUACAGAGCAACAACUCCGAACAACAGAGAGGCAAUGUGACAAAACUACAGAGCAACAACUCCGAACAACAGAGAGGCAAUAUGACAAAACUACAGAGCAACAACUCCGGACAACAGAGAGGCAAUGUGACAAAACUACAGAACAAUAUCUCCGAAGAACUGAGGAGCAAUUUGGCACCACGACAGAGCAACAACUCCGGACAACAGAGAGGCAAUUUGACAGCUCUACAGAACAAUAUCUCCGAGGAACUGAGGAGCAAUUUUGCAACUCGACAGAGAAACAUCUCCGGACAGAGGAAGAGCAAUUCGACAACUGAACAGAGCAGCAGCUCCGAGAAGUGUUACGACCCGCGGGACCGCACGCUGACAUUUGUAGACGGAGAGGAUGAGUUAGACUUUUUGUGUAUGGACUACAAGUCCCGCAGAGCAAAGAUGUCCUGCGGUCACGCUGUUACUCCGAUGUCUCUCACCGAUCAUUGUCGCAGGUUGUUGGACGAGGGCAAGUGGAGAUUUGUGUGCGGUAAGUGUGAUGCUGAGUGGUCCUUCGAGGAGGUUCGUAAAAUGGCUCUUCUGACUCCUGGAGAAGUGGAGGAAUUUGAGAAGAAGACGUUCGUUAAUGCUGCCCCAAACCUGAAGGUCAAAGAAUGUCCUGGCUGCAAGUCUCUUGUGGUGAGAACUGACCUCAGUGAUAUCAGUGUCAGAUGCACGGUGUGCACAGCCAACAGAAAAAGCCUUUAUAAGUUCUGCUGGCAGUGUCUGAGGGAAUGGAAAGGUCCGGUUCUACGCACAGACCACUGUGACAACGACGGCUGCCAGAGUCCACUGGGAAUAUUAAAGAACUGCGGAGAUGUCGUCCUCAAAGGUGUGAUGGAUGUCAGAGGAGAUCCCUUAAAAUGUCCCUCCACCCGAGCCUGUCCCACCUGUGGCAUGCUGGUAGGACAUAAUGGAACCAAAUGUAAAAACAUUACAUGCAGGCAGUGUAAAGUGGAGUUCUGUUUUGUGUGUCUGAAGACCACUACAGAGUGCCAGAGGAUAAACGCAAGGUCAUGGUACAGAGUUUGCUCCACUGGUAUAGCACCAAGACAGACCUCCAUACCUGUGUGGCAGAGCAGAUAAUUGUGUUGAUUCAACACUGUGAUCUCAAGACACACAAACGCACCUUUUCAUGUUGUCUUUUAUAAUGCCAAUCAUCAUUGUUAUUACUCACACAGAUAUUCAGCCCACACAACAUGACAUUUAUUUACCUUUUUGCACAACAUAAACAUCGACCUGCUUUCAUUAAGAAUCUUUUUUUUUUAAUUUUCUUCAGCCCCUCUGAUGUUAUCUCACUGUGACAGUGCGUAUUCUGAUCCUUGUUAUGUCUUUUUUCGCAUUUCCUUGUUUUAUCGGCUUUGUAUGGAUCAUCUGUUUAUUCUCCUGACAAAACAAAAUUUCUUUUCCAGCCAAAAAAAAUAAAUAAAUACACAUACACUCUU